AUGGCAGCCAACAACUAUCAAUGGCAUUCUGAAAGGACUCAAACUAGGAAGCAGCAAGGCCUGCAUAAUUUUGAUACUUAUACGGCACUAUCUGCACAAAUAGGAGCACUCAGUAAGAAAAUUGAUGAAAUGCAGAUAGCUGCCAUGCAUGUGCAGCCUCUUACUUAUGAAUUGUGUGGGGGAGGCCACAUCAGCACUGACUGCCAAGUUGGUAAUCAGUUCAGGCCAUCUACUGAACAAGUCGACUAUGUGCAAGCUAUUACCUUAAGAAGUGGAAAAGAGUUGCCCGAGGUAGAGAAGAAGAAUUGGGCUGAACCCAAGACAGAAACAAGUCUUGGGACUAGACAACAGAAGAAGGAACAACCAGAAGCACAACAAGGGAUGCACCAACAGCCACAAGUUCCAUUCCCUAACUGGCUGAAGCAACAGAAAUUGGAGAAGGAAUUUUCCCAAAUGCCACACUAUGCAAGGUUUUUGAAAGAAUUAUUGGCAAACAAAAGGAAACUGGGAGAUGUGGCUACAGUUGCUUUAAAUGAGGAAUGUUCUGCUAUCCUUUUGAACAAGCUGCCUCAGAAACUUAAAGAUCCAGGGAGUUUCACUAUUCCUUGUACUAUAGGCAGUCUAAAAAUUGAAAAAGCUUUAUGUGACCUGGGAGCUAGCAUCAAUUUAAUGCCAUAUUCUAUCUUCAAGAAAUUGGGAUUGAAUGAUCCCCAACCCACUAGAGUGGCAUUACAAUUGGCUGAUAGAUCCAUUAGACAUCCUAGGGGGAUCAUAGAAGAUGUUUUAGUUAAAGUUGACAAAUUCAUUUUUCCAGUUGAUUUCAUUGUGUUAGACAUGCAAGAAGAUGUUGAAGUCCCACUGAUCUUAGGGAGACCUUUCCUGGCUACCGGGAAAGCAAUGAUUGAUGUCCAACAAKGACAACUCAGCCUUAGGAUACAAGAUAAGGAGAUUAUUUUUAAAAUGUCUGAUGCUAUGAAACAUGCACCCUUUAGUGAUGAUUCUUGUUUUAUGAUUGAUGCCAUUGAAUUGACAAUUGAUGAAUGCUUCUAG